AUGGUGGCCCCCGGCUCUGUGACCAGCCGGCUGGGCUCGGUGUUCCCCUUCCUGCUUGUCCUGGUGGACUUGCAAUACGAAGGUGCUGAAUGUGGAGUAAAUGCAGAUGUUGAGAAACAUCUUGAAUUGGGCAAGAAGUUACUUGCAGCUGGACAGCUAGCUGAUGCUUUAUCUCAGUUUCAUGCUGCAGUAGAUGGUGACCCUGAUAACUAUAUUGCAUACUAUCGGAGAGCUACUGUCUUUUUAGCUAUGGGUAAAUCAAAAGCAGCACUUCCUGAUUUAACUAAAGUGAUUGAAUUGAAGAUGGAUUUCACUGCAGCAAGAUUACAGAGAGGUCACUUACUACUCAAACAAGGAAAACUUGAUGAAGCAGAAGAUGAUUUUGAAAAAGUGCUCAAAUCUAAUCCAAGUGAAAAUGAAGAAAAGGAAGCUAAGUCCCAACUUAUAAAAUCUGAUGAAAUGCAACACUUGCGUUCACAAGCACUUCACACUUUUGAAAGCUCAGAUUAUGUUGCUGCCAUAACCUUCCUUGAUAAAAUUUUAGAGAUACUGAGAUAUGAAGUUCGUGAAUGUCUUAAACUUGACCAGGAUCAUAAAAGGUGUUUUGCACAUUAUAAACAAGUAAAGAAACUUAAUAAGCUGAUUGAGUCAGCUGAAGAGCUCAUCAGAGAUGGCAGGUACACAGAUGCGACCAGCAAAUAUGAAUCUGUAAUGAAAACAGAACCAAGUAUUUCUGAAUACACAAUUCGUUCAAAAGAAAGGAUAUGCCACUGCUUUUCUAAGGACGAAAAGCCUACUGAAGCUAUUAGAAUAUGUUCUGAAGUUUUACAAAUGGAACCUGACAAUGUGAAUGCUCUGAAAGAUCGAGCAGAGGCUUAUUUAAUAGAAGAAAUGUAUGAUGAAGCUAUUCAGGAUUAUGAAACUGCUCAGGAGCACAAUGAAAAUGACCAGCAGAUUCGGGAAGGUCUAGAGAAAGCACAAAGACUACUGAAACAGUCACAAAAAAGAGAUUAUUACAAAAUCUUGGGAGUAAAAAGAAAUGCCAAAAAGCAAGAAAUCAUCAAAGCAUACAGAAAAUUAGCAAUGCAGUGGCACCCAGAUAACUUCCAAAAUGAAGAAGAAAAGAAAAAAGCUGAAAAAAAGUUCAUUGACAUAGCAGCUGCUAAAGAAGUCCUCUCUGACCCAGAAAUGAGGAAAAAGUUUGAUGAUGGAGAAGAUCCCCUGGAUGCAGAAAGCCAACAAGGAGGUGGUGGCAACCCUUUCCACAGAAGCUGGAACUCAUGGCAAGGGUUUAAUCCCUUCAGCUCAGGCGGACCAUUCAGAUUUAAAUUCCACUUCAAUUAA